AUGCCAUCCGGAAAUUUAGUAAUAGACAAGAAUUCUGAUAUUUUUGUUGACUCUCCUCAAGUUAGUUUAUCUUCACCGUCCAUUCUAGUAUCUGCUGAUGGAAAGACAAUAAUUUUCAGAGUUUAUUUUGUUGAUGGAAGAGAACUAUUGAACUAUGAUAAGGUAACAUUAAUAUAUGGGUAUAAUUUAUUGAAAGGUCCAAUGAAAACAGAGGAUUUCAUAUCUCAAUUGAGAUGGCACAAUUCAUUCACCAUUCCAGUUUCUAAUAUUUCAUUCAAGUUUUUCUAUGAGAAUGGAGUUUUUAACCAAAAAUCAAUCCAGGCCAACAGAGAUUAUUAUUCAUAUUCUCAAAGUGUUAGUGGAACAACUUAUAAUAUUUUGGAAUUCAAUGCAACUAAUGUCACGACUGGAUCAUUAUUUGUAGGAGCUUUUAAUGUAACCAAUUUGAAAUACUCUAAUUGUGAAUAUGGACAGCAACAAGCAGAUAAUUUAUUCUUCUAUUCCAUUAUAAUUCCUUUAUUGAUAGGAUUUACUCUAGUAAUGUUACUUUCCCUCAUUAUAAUUCUUUUCCAAAGAUGUUGUAGAAGAAGAUCGAGUGUUUUAGAUCAAGAAAUUGCACACAGUCACAUGACAAAUAUUAGCAAUACACGAAAUUCUCCUACAAUGGUUACACCAAUGAAAGAGCAAGAAGGAAAAUCUCAGCAAACAGGUCUAUACUAUGUCACUAACACAUUUAACAAUUUGGAGAAUAAUGAUGGAUUUACAGGAGUAGUUGUUUCUCAUUUGACUGAGUCACCAAAUUCUUUGCCAACACUACCAUCAUCAGGAAUAGAUGAAGUUGUUAUACAAUAUACCCCAACUCUCAAUUCUCAUAAUGUCAAUGAAGAGCCAGAACAAACGGUGUAA